CUCUUUCUCCUUUUACGCUCUCUCUUUAUUUCUUCCUUUCCUUCUUCCGGCUGACGACCAAAAGCUUUGUGGGAUAAGAGGAAUAAAAUGCAAGCUACGGUGUGAAGAAGAGAUUACAGUGAAGGUUAGAUCUGAAGCUCAAUCACCCUUGUUAGUCGAAGGAUGGCUAUCAAGUUGAAGCUGCUAAUUGACAAGGAGAAAAACCGAGUCGUGCUUGCGGAAUCAGAUGAGUACUUUGUUGAUACCCUCUUCAGCUUCUUGACAAUACCAAUAGGUGCUGUAGUGCGACUCAGCAGCCGUAACUCCAAUCUUGGAUGCAUGGAUGCAUUGCAUGAGAGCCUAGAGAAUCUCGAUUCUCGGUAUCUACAGACAGAGGCUGUGAAGGAGAUGUUGCUCCGCCCGAGAAGUGCAUGGGAAACUCAAACCAAGGAUCUAGCACUAAAUGUCGAUACGGAGCUUACAAGGUAUUACAUAUGUAGAGAUUCAUAUCUCACGGGGACCCACGGUUCCAACCCCUUGAUCAGUACUGUUAAAAACGUCCAAUGUCGCUGUGGACGAGCGAUGGCUGCAGAGGUACUUAUUAAGAAGUCAAAGCCAGUUGCGGACGGAAUCAAUGAGGGAGUCUUUGUUAAGGAAACAAUGAGGUUUAUGAUAGGCGAUGAUCUAUGGGUGUGCCCCAUUUCUACGGAGACCUACCUAUCGCUGCUCGACAAGCUUGGUAUCAGGGACUGGGCUGCUCUGGAGGAGAGGAGUGUGGAUGUGGGUGCCGAUGAGGCUUUGCAUCUGCUCAGACGAUUGUUGGUCUCAAAAACACCUAUGACGGACGUAUUUCUGCCGAAGCCAGAUGCUCUUGGGAAUGCUUUUGACUCCCAAAAGUUGAGCCCCGAAGACAUAGCCACAGAUAAGAAAGACACUGGCAAAACGAUGAGCGUGAAGCUUCUGAUCAGCAAAUCCAUUAACAAGGUGUUGUACGCAGAGGCCACAAAUGACUUUUUGGACCUUCUAUUCAGCUUCCUCACCUUUCCUCUUGGAUCCAUAGUAAAGCUCUUGGGCCCAGGUUCUUCUAUCGGAUGUUUGGAUAACUUGCGCAAAAGCGUGGAAGAUUUGAGUGGUGGCGACGAAUGUAUCAUAUCCGAGGAAUGCAGAGUCAUGCUACUUGACCCCAAGCUAUCGCUUCAUAUGGGGUGUGACAACCAGCUACUGCCGGUUGUGGAGGUGGGCCCUAAGACAAUCGACAUUUCUAAGUUCUGUCGUUGUGUUUUCUUUCGCAGCGACAACGGCCACUCCAAGUCAGACUGCACCGGUCUCAGGAGCCUAGUAUGUCAUUUCAUAAAUCCAAAGUUGAGAGGUGCAGCCACGGAGUGCGGAGGAGGAUUUGUGAAGGGAACGAAGAUGAAGUUUAUAAUAACGGAUGGGUUGGAUGUGAAGCCUCUAUCCUUUAUUUCACUCAAUCCCAUCCUUGACAGAUUCAACGUGCCCAUCGGGGAUGUAAAGAAGCGAGUAGUAAGCGUGGGCAAGGAGGAGGCUCUCUCUCUACUGAAGGCCUCUUUGCGCUCCAAAACAGUUCUGAGCGAUGUCUUCUGUCAGAAGAAAGUAUAUCAAUCUAAGAUCAAAUUGGAACGGGAAUGACAAUAUCAGUUAGAUGGCUAGGAUAGUCUUAUUUUGAUCCAUGCCCUAAUUACUAUGACGUGGAGUUUAUCUGUUCUCUUUCGUUGUUAUACAAAUUAACUUGGAUUGGUAACUUACGUUUAGGUGUUUGAGGUUUGCUAGAACACAUCCCUAUGCAUUGCAAUAACAUACGUAGAGACUGGCCGUUUGACUGUAAAACGGAUGUUCCCAAAAUUGGAUUAGGCGUCUUCAAAUGGACGGUGAGAUGCAAGAAAGUGUUAAAUGGUUGAAAAUCA